AUGAGGGCACUUGCCCAAACUGCAGGAGUCCUGACGGUGUGCUCCAGGCGCAGAAUAGCUGUUGGAAGAUCUCCUCCUCCAGGACAUGGAUAUGGCUUUGGUGCAGCUGGCACAGGGUUGGGCUACAGAGGUGCUGGCUUUGGCUACGGGGUGGUGGCCACGUCCAGGCCACGCACCAUCCCACACAUCCCCAUCAAUGAGCUACUGCUCCAACCGCUCGGCUUGGAACUCGAUCCCAACAUGCAAGUGGUGAAGAACCAAGAGAAGGAGCAGACCAAGAUCCUCAACAACCAGUUGGCUUCUUUCACUGAGAGGGUUCGAUUCCUGGAACAGCAGAACAAGGUGCUGAAGAGCAAGUGGAGCAUUCUGCAGGGUCAAAACCACAGCAAGAAUACCCUCAUGCCCACGUUAGGGGCUUAUACUGGUAACUUGAAGAAGCAGCUGGAAGCACUGGGAUGCAACAGAGCCCAGGUAGAAACAGACCUGAAAGCAUUACAGGAGGUUUUGGAAAUCAACAGGAAAAUGUACAAGGACGAAUGCAGCCAGCGGCCGUGCACCCAGAGUGAGUUUGUUGCCCUGAAGAAGGACGCGGACUGUUUUUACUUAAACAAAGCAGAGCUGGAAGCCAAGGUGGAAAGCCUGAAAGAAGAGGCUGAAUUCCUGAGAAUGUUCUACCAAGAGGGAAUCCACCAUCUGCGGGCCCAGAUCUCAGAAACGUUGGUGGGUGCGACGAUGGACAACGGCCGAGAUCUGGAAUCAGAUGGCAUCGCUGUGGGCAGCACAGCUCAGUACGAGGACACUGCCCGCGGGUGCCAGGCAGAAGCGCAGGCCUGCUAUGAAAGCAAGCUUGAGGAGCUGCAAGUCACUGCAGGGAGAAAUGCUGGCAGCCUGAGAGAGACAAAAGACAAGAAAGCUGAGCUGACCUGGACAGUCCAGAGACUGAACAGAGCCAUCAGGAGGGCCAAGGACCAGCGCUGCAAGCUGGAAGCCGCCGCGGCCGCCGCCGAGCAGCGCGGGGAAACGACCGUCAAGGAUGCAAAGCACAAACUCUCCGAGCUGGAGGCAGCCCUGCAGCAGGCCAAGGCUGACCUGGCCCGGCAGCUCCGCGAGUACCAGGAGCUCAUGAACGUCAAGCUGGCCCUGGCCAUCGAGAUCGCGACCUGCAGGAAGCUGCUGGAGGGCGAGGAGAGCAGGCUCUGUGCAGAAGGCGGCUUCCCCACCAACAUCUGUAACUUUGCUCUGCCUUUUGCAGCUGCUUGUCGCCUGCAGGGGGGUCUCACCUACAGCCCAGAGCCUGGCUUUGCAAGCGCCCGUGUGUCAGCCAACAGAGACUCGUGCUGGACCAGCCGCGUGGGGGUCUGCAGCACAGCGCUGAGCUGCAGCGGCCGCGUUAGCGGCAGCAGCACGAGGAGCUCCCACAUGAAGGUGGUGUCCACGACCAAGUCAGCCAGGAGCAACGUGUAA